CUGUCUGCCUUGCAGAAUGAUUCCGGGGCAGAGCGCACUAGAAGAGCACGCAAAUCUGUUAACUACGCGGAGUUGAAUGAUGUCUACCUUCCUCCGCUGGGACCGAGCGACUUCAUAGUAUCUGGUACCCAGCCGAGCCAAGCUAAGCCAUCCGGAGAGAUGGCGAGUCGCUGCACGGGCACCAGAGCUUCACGAAGACUCAGAGACCUUGGUGCUGACAGUGGAGGAGACUCUGAACAACAACCAGUCAACAGAGCUGGAGACCAUCUCAAUUCGGGCAGCGUCGACACCUCGGCCAACACCGACCCGGCCUCAAUUUCACCUCUUUCGUCUGAAACUGUCGGAGUGUCUCGACAAUUCGGGGACAUUGGUGCUGAUGUUGAAAAACAGGGAAAAGAGUUUGGUGCAGGACAAGAAGCUUCGGAUUCUGAACAACACAUAAGGUCUCUAACUGGCGAUUUCUUUGAUAGAGUCGCACUAAAGGCCCCGUGCCAAUUGAAGGCAAAGGAAGAAAAGUUUCCACUCACUGCAACAGUGUCGGGUUUGUGCUGCACUUCAGAAGAGGGCGGUGAUUUGCCAGCUGCUAGCGAUGGCACAUUUCCCUCCACUUCUGACAAAAUGUGCAAUGGUUCAAAGUUGUUGGACUUCAAUUGCCAACAAUGA